CUUAAACAAACGAAGUCGUUCCGUUAAACGAUUCAUCUUGAAAACCUCAGUUCUCGAUAAUCAGAUAACCCUAUCACCAGCGAGCAGAGCGAACGAAGCGGCACCGGCAAAGCUUCAAGGCGCCGGCCAGAGUAAUACACAUACAUACUUAGAUUAUUCCGGAGAGAGCACCGGUUCGCUCCCCCUGGUUCCGCCCCUGCUCCAAGAGGCGCUCUACCUUGCUAGUCGGCUAGUCGCUAGGCCGCACACCGGCACAGUAACCGGCCGGGGAGAACAAUCAUGGUGAGAACAAAGGUGGAAAUAAAGAGAAUACAGGACAAAUCCAAGAGGCACACUACCUUCACCAAGCGCCGCCAAGGACUAUUCAAUAAAGUCAACGAGCUCUGCAAGCGUUGCAACGCCGAAGCCGCCGCGAUCACAUUCUCUUUAGCGGGAAAUGCAUAUGCUUUUGGCUAUCCGUGUGUUGAGUCUGUCUUGAAACGUUACGAUGACCAUAUCCAAAAGCAUUCACACGGGGCUGGCGGUGAGUCCGUAGAUAAUUCAUCUGAUGUAGCCACUACGUUAAGUAGUAGCAGUGCUGCGAGUAUAAGUAGUAGCGAUAGUAGUUUAAAUGUAGACGAAUUGGGAAUGGAAGAGCUUGAAGAUGUUAGAAUGUCUAUGGAAGAGUUGAAAAAAAGAAUUAUUGAUCGAAUGAAUGAGAUUUCAGAAACUGUUUCUCUUUAAUGCUCUCUUGUGGGUUGAAUAUGUUUCUAUAACGUAGAUCUUUUUAUUGUUUCUUGACUCUUUUGGAUUAAAUAGAGUCUCUAUACUACCUUUUGUGGACUGGAAUAGUUUUAAAUGAUGAAUAAUUUGAUACGCUAUUGCUAGUAAUGGGCAGAAAGAUUGUUUCUAUUUGAUGAUAUGAUGAUCAUUC